AUGGACGACGAGUACGCGCGCCUCGGCGUCUUCGACGACGCGCGCUGGCGCGUCGUCGACAACGCGACCUACGCGGUCGCGCCGACGUACCCGCCUCAAUUCGCCGUUCCCGCGGAGCUCGACGACGAGGCCCUCGAGGGCGAGAUCAAGCGCCGGUCGAAGCACCGCACGCCCGCGCUCACGUGGCGCCACCCGGUGUCCAAAACCCCGCUGUGCCGGUCCGCGCAGCCCCACGCGGAGCACCACAAGGACCGCGCGUUCCACGACCGCCACGCGCUCGCGGUGCUCGGCGCGAUCCGGCGCUGCGGCCUCGCGGGCGCGUCGCUCGCCGUCGUCGACGCGCGGCCCUACGCGAACGCGCUCGCGAACACGCUCAAGGGCGGCGGCUUCGAGGACGCGCACGACAUCCCGGGCGGCGGCACGGUCUACUUCGCGAACAUCCCCAACAUCCACGCCAUGCGCCAGUCGCUCGCGAAGCUGCGGCGGGCCUGCGAGAAGAACGACGGCGACUUCCUCGAGGAGGUCCACGGCAGCCGGUGGCUCGACAACUUGCGGCUCGUGCUCGCCGCGUCGACGUUCGUCGCGAAGCUCCUGCACGUGCGCAAGACGCCGACGCUCGUGCACUGCAGCGACGGCUGGGACCGCACGUCGCAGCUGUCGUCGCUCGCGCAGCUGCUGCUCGACCCCUACUACCGCACGGUCGCCGGUUUCGCGGCGCUCGUCGAGAAGGACUGGUGCGCGUUCGGCUACCAGUUCUCGAAGCGGCGCGACGCCGCGACGGACGACCACAGCCCCAUCUUCCUCCAGUGGCUCGACUGCGUCUGGCAGGCGCUCCGCCAGCACCCGACACGCUUCGAGUUCAACGAAAUGUUCCUGUUGGCGGUAAGGGACGCGGUCUACGCGCAGUGGCACUCGACGUUCCGCGGCGACUGCGACGCGCAGCGCGACGCCGACUUCGUGGACCUCUGGCCCGCGCUCGCGGCCUGCCCGGCGCUGCGCAGCGGCGCCUACGACGCCGGGGACGGGGCCCUGUUCCUCAAGGUCGACUACUCCGCGCAGGCCGUCAAACUCUGGGCGCGGUGCCACGUCGGCGACCACCCGCCCCCCGAGGAGGCCGCGCCCUAA